GUACAUGGUACACAUUAAAUAAAGUAUACAUGGCAUGUAUGCUUUAAUUAAUGUGUACAUGCCUAUGUACACUUUUAUAAAUGUGUAUAAAUCUGUACAUAGGCAUGUACACAUUAAUUGAAGCAUACAUGUCAUGUACACUUUAUUUGAUAUGUACCAUUGUACACAUUUGAAUUGGCAGAGUUCAUGGUAAAAAUAAGUUUGACAUUGGGGAAAAUGGGAAAACUUUGCGGAACUUCCAAAUUUGAAGACAACUUGUCAGAUCUCUCCUCAGAUUUUGAAGUCUCUUCUCAAAAAAUAAGGAAAAAUCUCUCCUUUUUUAAUUUCAACUUUUUCGAAAUUUGAGGGGUUUUUGGCUAACCAAGGGAUUUUAGAAAGUUUUCCCUUAAAAAAUCAGACAUUGUUUUUACCGUGCUCAUACAACUUUGAACGUGAGCCUUUACUCUCUUCGAUCGCAGCCAAGGCGAAAGUGUCCGCCACCUUUCUUGAAAAAGAAUCGAUAGCACCUAGCCGAUCUAUUCUUCGAGGAGGCGCGCCACUAUAAGGGCUACGACCAGAGAGUGAACCGAGGAAAAUGAACGACGCGGACGUUGUUGGCGGGCGCUGGGCAUUAGCCGCGCUCUCUGGUCGCGUUAUCCGCCAGCCCGUCUAUGUUGCUGGUGAAAUCAAAAAUGCCUGGCAAUCAGUCGACACCAAACGUAAAGCAAAGGCUGAACCAAAGAUGCAGCACGGAGGGGAUACAAGGGCGGACUCACUCUACCCUUUCGUUCGUAGCAGUCCCUUGGCAGUGGUUGUUCUGGGAAUGGCUGCCAUCGGCCAAGUUCCCGUAUCUUUUCAUCGCUGCUAUAAGCCGCUUCUGUCCGUGUGUCGAUCCAGCCUCGUGUACGACGUUCUGCUGUAUUGCAUAUUCUGCGUCUCUUAUGUCUGCCUUUUGAAAGAUCAGUUAAUGACAGUUCUUGAUCCCGAGACCAAGUUGGAUGCAUUGCUGUUCUGUUUGGAAAGCAUUUUGGCACUUCUUCCGAGCAUCGUCAAUCCCUGGGUCUGGGCGUGCGCAACUAAUUUUCGAAAAAUGAUGUGGAACUUUGCGGAGUAUGAGGAAUCCUUCUUAUCUGUUACGAACCGCUCUCUUCGGGACCGCUGGACUAACGGAGUGCGAAACCUACGCUUGCAUGUCACCAUGCUGUUCCUCUUCGGUGGAGUGGGAUGCAUCGCUGGACCCUAUUUUGCAAUAACCGAGCGGACCAAGGCCAUCUUUUCUACUUACAAUGUCACUAGCGAUGACCCGUAUGGAAAUACGUACUACUACGUCCCAGCUGCGUUCCUUUCCCUUGUGUCGUCUUCGCUGUUCUUUCUGUUCACCAUCGCGUACUUUCUACAGCUGCGUGAGACGGCCAUCGCUCUCAGCGAGCACAUAGACCAGUUGCGCCCGGGUGACACUGCGGGGGUGCGCCGUGCCCAAAAGCUCUGGGUCAGCCUUCGCGCGCUCUUCAACGACCGCCCCAGCUUCUACCUGCUGGAUGUGUUCUUCAUGUCGCAACUCUUUGCCAUGCUGCUGUUGUCCGUCUCCCUCUGGUACGACCUCUCGUCAGCUAAGAUGCUGGUGUCGGCCUCGACGCAAGUCAUCUGGAUGUUCGUGUUGUCAUUUCAGGCGUAUCGGAUGAGUGACCUGGCGCACGGGGCGGUAUCCGCGAUGCACGGCCCUGUGACUGCUGCUCUGGACAGGCUGUCGAUGGAUGCGCGUGACGAGCAUUUCCAUAGAGCUGUACUGCUCUUUUACAUGUCCGUGAGUUCCCGGCCGGCUCACUUGUCGCUAAGCGGUUUCGCGAACAUCGACCGACCUCUCUUCACUUCCAUCGUCUCCCUAACUGUCACGUAUCUCAUCAUCCUCAUGCAGUUUCGCACGGAUGUGUCUCAACAGUAAAGCUUGGCCAAACAGGAAACAGGCAGCACAAGGAAGGUUACAGACAUGGGAUACUCCGCAAACCGCAUUGCGGGUACUGUUGAUGGCGUUCUUGUAGAGCUUGCUGAAUUGACUCAGGACGACCACGUCGAACCAGGUCUUGGACUUGGACUUGUUGUCGAACUUGUUGACGAGACAGUUGGCUCCCAAGUACUUCUUGCA